UCACCACACAGCACAGUUACACCCAACCUCGUCAACUACUGCUCUUCCCUCUUCUUCUAUUGCAAAACCCACUAAUCAAUUUUUGUUUUUUUCUUCAUCUCAUCAAAAAAAUUUAAUCUUUUUAAAUUAUUAUCGCAAUUAUUAUUAUUUAACAAGGUUCGUUUCAUUUGGUGGAAAGCAAAACCUUGCUGGUGAAGGGAAUUUCGUUGUUUGAAGUCGUUGGGCUUUCACUGUCGUUUCUAUCUAAUCAAAUUGUGACUCGUUGUUGUUGUGACUCGGUGAUUCACUCGUUUGACUGCUUUUGAAGCAACCCUUUGUGUUUCUUAAGGUGUUUGUUUCCAUUGAUGGGUUUUGGAUUUUGUUGUUGGAUUCAGAGAUACUUGAAUUGGGAACAGGGUUGUUGACAGAAAUGGUUGAGGUUGAAGCUCAAAGGUUGGAGGUUUGUUUUGUUAAGAGGAAGGAAGUGGUGUUUGGAUGGUUGGUGUUUAUGUUGUUUCUUAGUCCUGUUGUUGGUCUCAGACCCUUGAGGGAUAAAACUGGUUCUUGGGGCGAUGAGUGGAUUUUUUCUGGAAAAGAUGAAAGCGACAUAGGUCCUUUUUCACAAUGGAAUAUAACCGGAACGUACCGAGGGACUUGGAAGUUUUUAGAUAAUACAAAUGGCUCUUCUAGAUUUCCAGACAUCAGAAAAAUAAAUGGAAAUUCCGUAAUUGAAUUAGUUAGUACGCCUACAAAGAUAACCGGGGUACAUUAUGUGCAGGGAGUGGUUAUAUUCCAUGAUGUGUUUGACAAUGAAUACAAUGUCGGCGGUGCUCAAAUCAAAAUAGAAGGUGUAUAUAUAUGGCCUUUUAGACAACUUCGAAUGGUAGCCAACAGCGGAAAAGACGGAGGAGGGUUGAAUCAAGAUGGAGAUUAUAUUCUAUCCAAUCCAUAUCAUCUGCUUGGAGUUUUCUCGUCUCAAGUAUUCCAAGAAUCUUCGCGACAUACCAUGUGGAGACGAAAGCAUUCUCCUUUGCACGGCAUGGAGAAAAAUUGUAAUGUUGAAAUUUCAGCACGGGUUUCACGCUUGUCAUCGUCAAAACACGAAGGGGAGCACGAUUCUUUUCAGCUGGAAGGAUUAAUGGAAAGUCCCUCCGUGGAUGAUGACGGAGAUUGCAUCUCACCGUUACAGUUAAAUGCAACAUCUAUUAAUAUUGGAGCCUACUACAAUAAAGCAGUGAACUAUACCUUGAUGGUUACUUUUGUCUCAUUCUUGCAAGUUCUUCUUUUGAUUCGGCAAAUGGAGCAUAGCAACACCCAAUCUGGCGCUGCAAAGGUUUCGAUAAUAAUGAUUGGUCAGCAAGCUAUAGUGGAUGCUUAUCUUUGCCUCGUACAUCUGACGGCGGGAAUACUAGUCGAGUCCUUGUUCAACGCUUUUGCAACUGCUGCAUUCUUCAAGUUCGUAGUUUUCUCAAUAUUUGAGAUGAGAUAUCUCCUUGCAAUUUGGAAGGCAAGUCGGCCUUUGAGUAAUGGCGAAGGUUGGGAGACAAUGAGGCGCGAGCUUUCCGUUUUAUACAGCCGUUUCUAUGGGAUCCUGUUGGGGGGAAUUCUAUUCAUGUACGAAUUCCAUUAUUAUUUGAAACCUAUUCUACUUCUUGUAUACUCCUUUUGGAUACCUCAGAUAAUCACCAACAUUGUUCGCGAUUCGCGCAAACCGUUGCAUCCUCAUUAUAUAUUAGGCAUAACCGUUACUCGGCUAGCAAUCCCAUUAUACGUUUUCGGCUGUCCUAACAACUUCUUGCGCAUAGAACCAGAUCACACCUGGUGCGCUUGUUUGGUUUUAUUUACCGGAUUUCAAGCCGCAAUUCUCCUUCUUCAGCAUUAUCUCGGCUCCCGUUGGUUCAUUCCUCAUCAGAUUCUACCUGAGAAAUACAGCUAUUAUAGGAGGUCUUCUUCUCAGGAUACGAAUCACGCGACAGACUGUGUUAUUUGCAUGACAGGCAUUGAUCUCACGCCACGAUCAAAUGAUUGUAUGGUGACGCCUUGUGAUCAUUUUUUCCACACCGGCUGUUUACAAAGAUGGAUGGAUAUAAAGAUGGAGUGUCCAACAUGCCGGCGCCCGCUCCCACCUGCAUGAGUAGAUUAUCGAAAUGUUCAUAUCAUUAGAAUCAACUGACACCGUCCAACUCGAAUAUAAUUUCGGUAAUAUGCUUAUUAUGAAAAGGCCUUCGGUAAUCAGUAACACAUAAUUUCAACUCAAGUGUUAAGUUUGCAUUUUACCAUUUUUUGUGUUGUUUUGAUUUGCAGGUUGGGAUAGAAUCAAUAUUGGGUAUAGUUGAGCUUUUCAGUACAAGGCUGAAAUAUGGAACUUGUGAUACUUGUAUCAUGCAGCAUUUGUUUAUAGCUGAUUAAUAGUUUUUUUUUUUUUUAAAUUUUAAAAACUGGUUAGUGGUUGUGUCAAUGAUUAAUUUCCAUUGGAUAAUCUUUUGGAUUCCA